AUGUUCAACAUACUAGGUGUCAUAUUCACCACGCUAAAUGCUCUAAUACCAGGCUUAUACACCAUUAAAGCUCUUGAUCAACGUAUUGAAUUUCGACCUAGUUCAUACCAGGUUUUACUCAACUAUUGGGUAUAUUACAUCCUAUUAAAUUUCAUUGCGUCGACACUCUUCAAUGAUUUGGGGUUAGUUCAUUUAUGCGGCCACAUUAUCAAGUGUUGGUUAUUUUAUGGUGGAAAAAACAAUAGCAAUAUUGCAUUGGUAAAUCAUGUGUUGUUUAAGUGCUAUGAACAACGUGUUAAACAAGGAGAGGUGAUGAUUCUGCAUGUGUUGAGUAGAGUGGCUCCUCAAUUCAGUGAUUUGAAUCAUUUAGUGCACAAUUUCGGACUCAAGUAUGAAGAACCUUUGCAAGAUGAUGUGUCUAUUGAUGGAGAAGCUAUCAUGGAGCAAGUCUGGAAUGUUUUGGGUAUUUGUCAAUCGGUCAUUGUAGCGGCAGCUGCGUCUCAUUCUUCUAGUGAAGGUGUGGGUAACUACAACGGGGGCACACCACCGAAAAAGCUUCGCAAAUUGCGAAAUGUCAAAUCAUUUACAUCGUUGACCUCCCGACUGAAUUCACAUUCUAAUUUGCAAAAUAUAAAGCAAGAAAGACAAUCGUCACUGGGUUACUUGAACAAAUUCUUUACCUCGUCCUCACAACGACCUAUAUCUCCCGGUGUUGAGAUUGUUCAAUCAAUGCAUAGAAAUGUGAGUUCACCAGCUGCUCCCACUGUAGGCCAUCAUUCAUCAGGUGGAAAUGGUGCUAUAAAGAGCAAAAGGAGGACUAAAUCUGGAAGUGAGUACGAUUUGGGUGUGCCGUUUGUGCGAUUGAGUCAGCAACAAGUGCAAAACCAUAGGGAUGAUGAGCAACAGUAUCUAUAUCAGCAGCAGCAGCAACAACUGCGUCUCAACACUAAUUCAACGAGAGAGAGGAAUCAGAUUAUCAUUGGGAGUAAAGGACAAUUAUUUACCCAAAAUCUGCGACAACAUCACCAUCCACAAGAGCGAGUACAACAACCGCAAUUUUACGUUGGAAAUAAGCAGGUUUUUGGCAAAACUCAAGGCGGUGAGUAUACUUAUGCACCGAGAAGUGAUGGCGUCAAUCACAAUGAUGGGUCUAGAGUCAGUUCACGUAGAGUGAGAAAUGUUCAAGACGUAACGGGACACCACGUUGGUGCUACUGGCGGAAGCGCACAAGUUUGCGGACCAGGGGCAUUUGAUGAAUUACCUGCUGCUCCUACUCCCUCCAUGGUGAUUGAGUAG